AUGGGCUGGGGUGAUAUUGAUGUCAAUGGGGAACCUCAUAGAGAGACACCAGAACUUCGCCGCAUGGCAGAGGAAGGGUGUAUCCUCACUGAUUUCUAUACAGCUGCUCCUCUUUGCAGCCCUUGUGAGCCAAUUUUCUCCUUUACAGGGAACUUAAAUGAUACAAGAGCAGCUGUCUUGACUGGACGUCUUCCUGUUCGGACUGGUUUUUAUUCUACAAAUGCAAGGGGCAGGAAUGCCUAUACACCACAAGAGAUCAUGGGAGGCAUUUAUGAUGAGGAAGUGCUCAUCUCAGAACUCCUGUCACAAGCAAAUUAUACUACCAAGAUUGUUGGCAAAUGGCAUUUAGGACAUAGACCUCCAUAUUUGCCUCUGCGCCAUGGGUUCAAGGAGUGGUUUGGCUCACCCAACUGUCACUUUGGACCAUACAGCAACUCUGUGGAAGAUAGGCCCAACAUUCCAGUUUAUCAUGACAGCAUCAUGGUAGGCCGCUGUGACUAUUUAUUUCAUGUUGCAAAGGAGGCAGUUCAAUUCCUAAUUGACUUGGCCAAAACUGGGGCACCAUUCUUCCUUUAUUGGGCACCGGACAGUACUCACUCCCCACAUUAUGCAUCUCCAAAAUUUCGGGGGAAGAGCAGCAGGGGGCUUUAUGGUGAUGCCAUCAUGGAACUUGAUAACUCAAUAGGAAUCAUCUUGACCACCCUGAAGGAAUUGAAAUUAGAUAAAAACACCUAUGUCUUCUUCACUUCUGACAAUGGAGCUGCAUUAGUGGAUGGUGACCAAGGUGGAAGCAAUGGUCCCUUUCUCUGUGGUAAGCAGACAACAUUUGAGGGUGGGAUGAGGGUGCCAGGCAUUGCAUGGGCCCCUGGUCGAAUCCCAGCUGGCUCCACUGUACAAAGAGAUUAUCGCACAGUGUUGAUGCAAGAGAUGUCCUCAUCACAAUUCAAUAUGUACUCGCAAGAAAAGCCAGUGUUCUAUUAUAGGGGAGACCUGCUCAUGACUGUGAGGUUGAAUCUCUACAAGGCUCACCUCUGGACAUGGGCAACACCUGAGUAUGAGCUAGUAAAGGGAAUCAAUUUCUGUCCUGGCAUGAGCCUGCAGGACAUUGUCACAUCAGAGCAAAAGAACCAUACCAAAAGCCCAAUUUUGUUCCAUCUUGGAAGAGAUCCAGGAGAGAAGUUUCCCAUUCCAAGUUCAUCGGCUGAGUAUAAGAAGGUCAUGCCAGCUCUUGAGCGUGUAGUUGCCGAGCACAUUGGCAAUUUGAUUCCUGGGAAGCCUGCAUUGAACUGGUGUGACCAGCAUGUCAUG